UUGAAUUCGUAGAUGAUACCGAUUAGCAACAGUGACUACUUUGCUUAGUGAGUAAUGCUGUUAACUCUACCGCUACCAAGUGCAGCUGUACCAACAGUGCGACGACUAUACUCCGUUCCAUACAUAGCAGUCAACGCUGUGGGGGCUAGAAAGACUUCUUGCAAUGGCUUCGUUCGCACUUGGCUACGUUUUUUUUGUUUGCCGCAAUUGUGCACAACUGUUGUUUAUAUAGGUUCAGUAUUGAAUGAAACAAGUUUUAUUCCUCCGAAACAAACACACUUUGGUGUGUGGUUGUUAAUGAGUUGUUUUAGAUCAUUCAUUUUUUUUUUUCGGGUUUCCUUUUUUUCUUUUUUUUUUUGAAACCCGUGGCGAGGACCCUCGAUCACGUGCAUGCUCGCGCGAGCGAACACUAUUGGCACGCAGCGAAGCAUGGACGGAACGCGCGGAGUGAUACCUUUUCUUUGCCGAACUUCUUGCGUAGCUUCCACAGCGUUGACUACUAUGUGUGGAACAGAGUAUAGGUAGUAACUUCAACGACCUUCUUUUUUUUUUUUUUUUAAAGUGUGCGACAGAUAUGACGGGGUAGGCGAAGACACAUUUAUCUAUUAUUUACAUAUUUCAGGGCAAGGCAAGUUCGUUAAGGCCAUUUGACCGAAGAGACAUGCACGCGCUAGCAAAAUAGUCUUCGUCGCUGCUUCGAGCAUCCUCUUAAUCUUUGCUCUUCAAAUUCUGAGGUUCUUGGAGCCAUAACCAAUAACCUGAUUAGGACGCACGCUGUAGUGGGGGAGACUGCGGAUUAAUUCAAAUAGACGCUAGUUUAAAUACACGAGCACUUUUGUAUUUCGUCCCAAUAAAAUUACAACCACCGCGACCGGGAUCGAAUCCGCAACUUCAGCAGAGCUACGCUGCUGAGUAAUAUUUGCGCUCCGCCGCCAAGUAAAAACACCAUGGUCAAUUAGGCAAGAUGGAUUUCAACUGACUAAUCAAUUAUUUUUUUUUUAAGAGAAGGAACUUUAAUUAUAAUCGGUUACCUUUUUUCUGUAGCGUGUACACCAAGACUCAAGAGGUUAGAGAACACGCUUAAGGUUUGCGCGCUGUGCGUCUUCUUUAGUCGAUGCACGCGAGUUGCUACACAUGUCCAGAGUAAACGCUAAGCAUCCCUACAGGCAGAACAGCAGCCCGCCUGACCGAUUACUUCGUGUGAGACUGAGGCGCCAUCUCGGGGACAGCAGAGGUCAUGCUAUGCGUAUGUGCUACGAAGUAUAACCUUUCACAAGUCCGCUAUAUUGAAAGUACGUUUUUUUUAGCACAAUACGUAUUCAAAGAAUGUAGGGAUACGCAGAUUCAUAAACGACGUCAGUCUCAAAAGCUGCGCGAGCUGUCACUGUCGCAGCUUCGAACCUUAGAGAGAAAAGCAGAAGGUUUUGUUUUUUGUUCAAUUGCUUACACGGACGCAUUCUGCGCGCCCGUUGCAGCUGCGUCCAGUGCUGGAGGUAAGUUUGUGGCCACUCCGGGUUACCUCCCGGGACUCGAGGCCCUGCAUUCGCGGUUCGGUCGGCUCCCGUGGCCAUCGCUGUUCGAGAGCGCCAUCUCGCUGGCGCACUUCGGCUUCCCCGUCUACCCGGAGUUGGCGGCCAUCUUGGCUCGCUUCCGAAACGCCAUCUCGCGGAGACGCUCUCUGAGGCACAUCUUCUGGAACCGGCAAACCGACACGGUGUACGGCGUGAACGAGACGCUGCUGCAGCCGGAGCUCGCUGUCACGCUCCUCCGAGUGGCGCGCGAGGGCUCGAAUGCGCUCAGCCAAGGAACGCUGGCGAGGCAGUUCAUCGGCGACCUCGAAGAGCUCGGAUCUCUGGUGUCCCAGGAGGACCUGGUGCUCUACCGGCCCGCGUGGAAAGCACCCGUGCGCAGCGCGCCCCUGGCCGGCGUCCGGUUGCACGCCCCGCCACCUCCGGGCGGAGGCGCCCUGCUGGCAUUCGUGCUGACCACGAUGGACAUGUUCCGGCCCAGCAGGAAGGACGUGCUGAGCGACGGGCCGCUCACCUACCACCGGCUGAUCGAGGCGAUCAAGUUCGCGCACCCGUUCCGGGAGGACCUCGGCGACGACGCGGUCGAGAACGUCGUCGACACGGUGGCCAACCUGGUGUCCCGCGGCCUAGCGCUCAAGACGAACGGGCUCAUUAGCGACAGGUCCACCUUCUCGGACGCCAUCUUCUACGUGUUCGACAUGCAGCUGGUGCGCGAGGCCAUUCGCGGCGUCUCCGAGAAGCUGGCGCUCGAGCACUACUCCGACCUGCCGCGGGUCCCCGGGCACGACGGCAGCCGAGGCAGGCGCCGCGACGGGAGCGUCCGCUACGACCGCGCCACUAGGAAGGGCAGGCCACGCUCCUCGAAAAACCGCACGGCGAAGCACUUCGAUGUCAAGCACGCAGCGGCGAACGCGGUGUUCCUGGCACCUAACGGCGACGCCAUCGCCUUCUCCGGCAGCCUCGGCGCGCUGAUGGGCUCUCACGAGGCCUCGUCGUCCACGGGCCUGUUGCUGAACAACGAGCUACACGCGUUCACGCCGCGCCUGCCCGACCGGUACCUGGGCCACGCCGGCGUGUCGCUCAACUUGGCGCGAGCCGCCAAGCGGCCCCUGUCGCCGCUCGCGCCCUCGCUGCUGCUGGACGCUGCCGGAGGACGGCUCGUCGCCGCUCUCGCCACCUCCGAAGACUUCGAGCUGCCGCAGUACGCCGCCUUGGUGCUGUGCCAGCUGUUGCUCAUGAACAAGACCGCGGCGGAUGCUGUGAGCGCGUCCAAAGUCCGCUAUCGUGCCAGCCUCAAGGGUGUUUUCUACGACAGCAGCCUGCCACCGGAGACCGUGCGGGAACUCCGGAGCAAGGGUCACCGCAUGUUUCUACUAGAGGACAAUGUCACCAAUGCUGCGGCUAUUUUAAGCCAUGAAGACCGCCUUGUCUACGCUGCAGUCAACAACCACGUUGGUGGUUAUUUCGACGGGAACUGAGUUAGAGCUGUGGCUACAUCAUCUACGAAGGGCACAUAUACCUAGCUGCAGUGCUGGAGGGUGCCACACAUGAAUUAUUGAACAGUUCCACAUCUUCGAUCUAAUAUGUCAUAGAGACUACAGCACAGCACAAAUUUGGUGUUGCAAGUUUAUUGAAAAUAAUGCAAUGAACUCUAAUGUGGAAUCUUUCUAGCUGGUACAUUGUUUAUAAAGUGAUAAAUACGGAAAAUGAAGACGUUAUGAAAGCUCAUCUUACGUGAGUUGUGCUUUUUUGACAGGAGAGAGAUAUUUUCAUUACUAUAAUUGCAUGCAGUGAGUGACAUUGUGCUGACACACUGCUGACAUUGUGCAUCUACCUCAACAACUUUAAAGCAUGCUCCAGAGCUUAACAGUGAAUCAUUACUACUUAAAUACAGUUUAUUUCUCAUCAAUAUACUUGACUCGCAGAAAUGAAAGCUCACUUUGACUAUAUCCAAAACAGCUUUCAUUCAAGAUGGCAGAAUGUACUGCAAAGCAUACGCAUCAUCCAUGAACACAAUAGGCCGAAUUCAACCAUUUGUUAAUAUAUAGGGAAAAAAAAGGUUGAUCCAAUGAUUCCUUGUGGGGUGACCAAGCAAGCUAACUGCCCAAGACUUUAAUGCAUUUUCAUUUUUAUGCACUUACAAAUUUUUCGAAGGUGUGCACACUAAUCCACCGUUUUUUUUUUU